AUGAGUGCUGCGAAAGACCACGAUGCAAGCGUUACAUAUGAAGAUCUUAACACGCUCAAGUCCGACUGGCUAACGGACAACGUGAUUGGAUUCUGGGAGGAAUUCCUGGAGCAUGAGGUGCUGGCAAUGUAUAAAACACGCAUAAUCCUCCUUCGGCCCAGCAUGUCAUUUCUGCUGUUCCAGACUCCGGAUCCAAAGACUCUUGUGAGCGCUUUGCCGGACUUCAGCCGUGCUUCUCACAUCUUCCUGCCCAUCAAUGACUGCCGGAAUGGCAUGCAGGCUGAAGGCGGCACUCACUGGUCUCUUCUUCUCGUCUCUCUUGCAGACCAGGUAGCUUUCCAUUACGACUCUCUUCCCCCUGGAAACAUCACCGAGGCACACGAGGUUACAGAGAAGAUUAGUAGGCUCUGCAACAAGUCCAUCAAGUUCAUGCAGAUGCCGGACUGCCCAGUGCAGCAGAACAACAAUGACUGCGGAGUAUUCGUCUGCAUGACGAUGAGAUAUCUUCUCCAGCAUCGACUCUUGCAGGCAAACUCAAAGGAAUACAUCACCAUGUCCCUAGACGGCGUUCCGCUCGAUCCUGCAUUGGCACGCAAGGAAAUAGUGCAGAUUAUCCAACAGUUCAAGAGAGACAAUGGCCGGAGAAGAUCGUACGUAACUUCAUCCGCUGAGCCUGUUGCUGCGUCCCGCGUAUUUGCAAAGCCUCAUUCUAUCAUUGCCCGCACUCAUGCUUCCUCUGCCUAUCAUACCUCUGCUCCCGCUCCUGCUCCCUCCACAGACUCUCCUUCUUCAACCCAUCCUCGCCACUCAAGAGUCUCUUUGUUUACAUGUUUCUUCACCUGUGCCUUUGUUAUUGUUUUUAUCGCGGUUUCCCUUCCUUUCUACUUCCCCAAUAUCAACAUGGCGUCUGUUUACCAUGGCUACACGCACAUUCAACCGCCUGUAUGCGGCGAAUAUUGCCACAAACUCGAUUCGCUCCUUACGUCUGCCCGUUCCCAGCUUUCCCCUCACCUUCAUCAGAUGCACGCACAGUUAAACGAGCUCCAUGUUCACGGAAAGGAGCACUUUGCUAAGGCGUAUGAUGCGUUCGCCCGCUUGAGACGAAUCUAG